CACGUAUGACUGUUACUAAACAUAUGCUUAUUCUGUCGAGAUACUUUAGAAGUAGUAUCAUGAAGAGAAGCGUGCGACAAGCUGCCAAAGUAGAGCAAAUAAUCUUGUCGAGUGACUCUGAGAACGAGCAUGUCUCAAGCGAUGAAAAUUAUGUCCCUGAGGAAAUGCAGAAAACGAAAAAAAUGUUAACAAUAGGCAGUAAAAGAAAAGGCAGUGAGCUUUCAUUACCUGCAGAGAAAAAAAUAAAGAAAGUAGCAGCGAAACGUGAAAUUGUGAAAGAAGAAUCUCCAGAGACGAAGGUAGAGGCUGAUAGUAAAAUAAGAAAAGCUCAGAAGACUUUUAAGCAACAGUCAAAGGACAUAAGUCAGUUACACUUGAAUUCUGUAGAAUGCAAAGAAUGGACCGACGUCGAAUAUAUUAGCGAAGCAAAUGGUGUUGACAAGCACAUAGCACAAAAUGUUGUAAAGCUUUUCGAAGAAGAUAACACAAUCCCAUUUAUCGCAAGGUAUAGGAGGAACAUGACUGGUGGAAUGGAGCCAGACAUGUUGAGAGCAUUGAAAGAAAGUCUUGAUCAAGCCAAGGUGAUCAAACAACGAGCUAAUACUAUACUGAAGACUAUUGACAAAUUAGGGCAAUGGUCCCCUGAUAUAUAUUCGCUUGUUGUCUCCUGCAAACGCUUAGAUGAUCUGGAACAUAUAUAUUCUUAUUUUAAGCCAGCAUCGAAGAGAUCCUUAGCAGAAAGAGCAAGAGAAAUUGGUUUGGGGCCAAUAAGUGAGCUUGUAUUACAGGGUCAACCAUUACCACCGUUAUCAUCUCUUAUCGAUUCUAGCAAAGAAGGUUUAAAGACUGAGCAACAAAUUAUAGAUGGAAUUAUACACAUUAUAGCUGAUGUAAUUAACAAGAACAAGGCUGUAUUUGACAAAGUUAAAGAACUACAAAAUGAAGCGAUUAUCAAAAUACAAACGACAGAAUGUAAAACAAAGAGUAAAGCUUCAGACAUUAAACAGGAUGUACAUAGGAAAUAUGAAAUGUAUUAUGAUUUUAAUACAAACACUAAGCACAUCAAGCCUCAUCAAAUAUUAGCAAUUAAUAGAGGGGAAGCGCAGAAGAUCCUUGGAGUGAAAAUUACUUUACCCGAUUUUUUUGAAAGAGCUUUCAAAUCGUUUUGUUGCCGCGGACUGUACAAUGCGCCCAUGCAAGCAUCGAAAAUGCACUUUACGCUAUUGAACGACAGUAUUGAGUAUGUCUACACAAAAUUUAUUAAGCCGUUGGUUGUGCGCAGAGUGAGAAAUGAGAUGAAGCAGAAAGCGGAGACAGCGUCGAUCGAAGUAUUUGUAACUAAUGUGAAACAAUUGCUUCUGAGUCCGCCUGUACGAGGGAAGAUCAUACUCGGCAUAGAUCCGGGCUUCUCUCACGGCUGCAAGCUGGCUGUGAUCUCUGAACAAGGAGACGUCCUCGAAACAGGAGUAAUUUAUCCACAUAAGAAGUUUGAGAAAUCUUACGACGAAGCUGGCAACGUUUUGAUAAAUUUAGUGAGGAAACAUAAAUCCACGAUCUUAGCGUUGGGCAACGCUACAGCUUGUAGAGAGACUGAGAUGUUCAUAAACAAAUUGAUCAAAUCGAAUGCUUUUGGUUCAUUGGACAUUUCUUACACGAUCGUCGACGAAGCAGGAGCUUCGAUUUAUAGUUGCAGCCCGGAAGCGAAAUCCGAGUUCCCAAAUUUGGACACCAAUCUGAUCUCUGCCAUUUCCAUAGCGAGACGUUUGCAAGAUCCACUCGCGGAAUUAGUGAAAGUGGAACCGAAACACUUGGGCGUGGGCAUGUACCAGCACGACCUCCCGGAGAAGCAAUUGUCAAUCGCGUUAAACGAGGUGAUCUCGGAGGCUGUGAGUUUCGUAGGAGUGGAUGCAAACACAGCGUCUCAAUGCCUAUUGAGAAGAGUCGCAGGUUUAAAUGCAACUAGGGCGAACAGUAUCAUAGAAUGGAGAACCGAAUGCGGCCCCUUUAAAAACAGGCAACAGCUGUUAUCUGUAAAGGGAAUUGGAAACAAAAUAUUCGAACAAUGUGCUGGAUUUAUCAGGAUUCUCCCAGAAACAUCAGUGUCAGAUAAAUCAACACAAAAAACUGCCGAGAAACCUACUAAAAAAGCAUCUAAAAAUACAUAUAAUUUAUUAGAUCAAACAUGGAUUCAUCCCGAGUCGUAUAAGAUAGCUGAACAAUUUUUACAAUAUUGCGAUUGUAAUAUAAAAGAUAUGGGAACAACAGAUUUUAUUGAGAAAAUAAAAUUGCGCGCUGGGGAAGGGUGUGCUGUUCUAGCUGAUAAAUUUGGUACGGAUGAGACGACGAUGGAGGUGAUCGUUAAGGGUUUAUCCAUGAAGAAAGACGAAGACAUACGGUUAAAGACGCGUGAUCCUCUGUUUCGAAAAAGUAUGUUUAGCAUUAACGACGUGGUUGUUGGAACGUCGUUAACGGGUGCAGUGCGAAAUGUCACGCAUUUCGGGGCAUUCGUGGAUAUAGGAUGUGGUAGGGAUGGACUAAUACCCACAAAGUGGUUGAAGAAUACUACGGUUUCGAUAAGCCAGCGCGUGGAAGUGAAGGUACUUUCGGUGGACAUUGAGCGGGGUAGGAUAAGUUUAGAAUUAAUCAAUGCCUUCUAAUGUGCUCUUGUUGCCUAAACUUAUUCGUUCGCCGGUGUAUCUUGUUCUUACACAUGUGCAUUUAAUCAAUAAAAUUGUAUUUUCGUACAAU